CCACCUGCCAAGCGAGACCCAUCGCACUCCUACAUGACAGCGGGGCGAAGCGAGGCGCGGUUGUGAGCGGCGCUCCUCCGGUCCGGGCGAGGUGAAACCGCGCUCCGAGAGGCGAGACCGGUGCGAAGGCAACGAUUCAGACAACGCGAACAAAACACAACGCAUCUGGUGGGGUUGGCGGGCCAGGACGAGAAGGGAAGAAAGAGGGGGGAGGAAGGAGGGACGCGUUCCGCCGCACGGACGGAGGGCGACACACGCGUCCUCUGCAUAGCAGUCUGCUGCUGCGGCUACGGGGGCGCGGAUCGAGGCGAUCGCCGUGGCCGAACCACCCCGUGUGAGCCAUGAUGAACGCGUACGGCGCUCCCUAUGUGUACGUGCCCGCGGCGGCCAGCGGCUCGCACCAUCACCACCACGGCCACCACCACGGCCACCACCACCAUCACCAGCAGCAGCAGCAGCACGGCCACCCGACGCACGGCGGAGGGCAGCAUCCGCAGCAGCAGCAGCAGCCGCCUCCGUCGGGCUCGGCACAGCGCCCGCCCCUGCAGCGCACACCCAAGUGCGCUCGGUGUCGCAACCACGGCGUCCUGUCGUGGCUGAAGGGCCACAAACGCUACUGCCGCUUCAAGGACUGCGCAUGCGACAAAUGCAUCCUCAUCGUGGAGCGUCAGCGAGUGAUGGCGGCGCAGGUGGCGCUCAGACGGCAGCAGGCGAGCGAGAGCCCCAGCCGCCUCUUGCCCGAGGGCGGCUACCGUCCCAUUGCGGGCGAUCUCUACGCCGCAAUUGGCGUCGGAGCUUCUCAGACUCCUCAGGCUCAGCACCAGCAGCAGGAGACUCCUGGUGCUGGUGGUGUUGGCGGCACGCGAGGAGCGGGUGGAGGUGAUCAUAACUCCGAAGGGAGCGCGGAGGAGAGAGACUCGAAGAGCGACGUGGAGUGCGGAGGGGAGAGGGCAGAUGACUUCGACCGAAAGAGUGACGACAGCAACUCGAGCGAUGGCGGGGACGAGCUGGUCUCGCGGAAGGGUUCGAGGCACUCCCCCGUCCCGUUGGCUCUGCACGGGACCGCCCGCGCCCUCUCCCUGCCGUGCGCGGGCGACGGCUUCGCGUCUGCCGACGAGUCGAGCGACGUCUCGGAAUCCAAGGGCCCCGGCACGCCGUCGGGGCCCAAGGAGAGGUCGGCGAGCGCCGAGACGCCCUGCGUCGGGGAAGGUCGAACGGCCGCGGCGUCGAUCAGCGAAACGCUCCUGCAGCAGCAUCAUCAUCAUCAUCAGCAGCAGCAGUUCGCGCUCGGAAGUCUGCUGGGCACGUCCGCCCCUUCCAAGACCAACCGACCCCCCAUGGAGCUGCUGACCAAGAUCUUCCCGGGGCACAAGCCCGCCGUGCUGGAGCUCAUCCUCAAGGGCUGCGGCGGCGACCUCGUGAGCGCCAUCGAGGUGCUGCUCUCCAGCCAGAGCGCGGGGACGCACGCCGCGCACGCGGUGCUCUACGACAUGCGGCGCGCCCGGGACGACGCGGCGGCGGCGGUGGCCGCCGCGGAUGGCAAGGCCGCUUUCGCGCUGCCCAACGAUCGGGGGGCCCUGGCCGGGUACCCGGCGCUCUUCUCGGGCUGGUCCAUGGGCUCGGCCUUCAGAGCCCCCAGCUCCUUCCGGCUACAGCCGGCCGCGGUGGCGCGCGGCGGCGGCGGCGGCGGCGGCGGGGCCAGCGGAGGCGGCGGCCUCCUGGGAAGCGUCGGGGUUGGGGCCUCGCCCGCGCACCUUGCCGUGUCGCUCCAGCCGCCCCCCCUGCAGCAGUCGCAGCAGCAGCAGCAGCAGCAGCUGCGCUAUCCGCUGCCUCCGGCCGUGUUCCGCCCGGCGCUGUCGGCCGCGUCGCUGGCUCCGUUCGGCGCGUCCGGAGCGGACGUGGCGCUGUGGGGGAGCGUCAGUCUCGCCGCAGCCCAGAGCCACCACCUGCGGGGGCCCUACGCGACCGUGGGGGGGGCCCUGGGUCCGGGGGGCCCCGGCGCGCUCAUGCGAGGCUACCCCUUCCUGGGGGGGGGGCAGAGCGGGGCGGCCGAGUGCCUCAGGCUGACCCUGAGAGAGCAAGACUCGCCCGACGACGCGUCGGCCGACGGGAGGCCGUCUCCGCCCAACAACGACUCCGCCGUCUUCCUGAGGUCCAUGUCGCCCUCCGAGUAG